AUGAAAUACAUAUAUAUUUCUGAGGGUAGACAUAUAGAUUAAGAAGAAAGAUGGAGAACAAAUGGAGUGUGGUGAUGAUGGUGUUCGUUUUGGUGGUGAUGGCUGCCAUUGGAGGAGAAUCAGCAGAUCUUUCAUGUGAAACAAAAUGUACAAUCACCUGCAGAGAUUCAAUCUUUCAUCAGAUAUGCUUAGACGGGUGUUUGAAAAGUUGUAGAUCUCAUCCACCACCUAUGCAACUUCACACUCGCAUGGUGGCUGCCAGAGCCAGUACUAGAGAAGAAGAAGAAGAAAAAGUGAGUCUUAAAUGUUCAUUCAAAUGUGAAUUUCAAUGCAAACUGAACUUCUUUACUGGUUGUUACGACCGGUGCAUUAGAGAGAAAUGCGAGCAUCUUCCACCUAAAAAUACCUUUCGCGUAUCUUCUUCACGCUCGCCGUAAAUCUACCUCUCUCCCUCUCUGAUGAUGAAGACUGCUGGAUGGCUGAAGAAAUAAGAGGCGCUAGAGAUAAUAUUUGAAGUUGUUGUGAUUGAAUUUACUUUUGUUUUCUAUAUAUGUCAAAGAAAUUAAAAUCUAUAAACGUUGAAUACUAAUAAUAAUAAUAACAAGUUCUUAUGAUCAUGUGA